GGCAGUUGGUAUUUAGCAGUAGGGAGACAUAACUUCAAGGUUUUUGUGUGUGAACUCAACUUAGUGAGUGUACGUUAAAUGUUGAAAUGAAACUAAUAUUAGAAUGCUGAUAAAUAUGGCGCUUUUCUCCUAGUGCCUUAUUUACACGAUUGCAUGUUGAUAGGGACCAAUCAUCUAAAGACCAAAGAGUUGUUUUCUUCUUUGGAAGAGCUGUCAUGAUGAUGGGGAAGUUGGGUGAUGGGAGUUGGCACUUUUGAAUGUGUGUGCGGGUGAUUAAUAUCACAAGAAGAAAUAUCGCUGUUGUUCGGUCUUGUGGUUGUGGUGUGUUACCGUGCCUUGUGCGAGUAGGGGUAAACUAUAGGCUCGGUCGUCACCGAGUGUUUAAAUAUUCCUAUUUCGCCAUUUUUUAUUCCAUAAUAGACGAAAGAAAAAACCAUUUUCGUUUGAUUUUUUGACUAUCGCGUUUGUUUACAUUCUUCUUUGAAAAAUCAAUCGGGAAAAACAAAAAAAAUCAUGUUUAGCUAACAAAUAGGCCUUUUGAUGGAACUGACUAAGAAACAGAAAAUACCAAUAAAAAACAGUGAAACCAUGGAAGCUGUUACAGAUCCAGAUAGGAGGGCUCGUCUCCUCAAACUGGAAGAACGAGUUUUCAAUCCUAGGGAUAUUCUUAAUGCUGAUUGCCUUCUUGAUGCUGUGCAAUCGAUGGUGUAUGACAGUGAUCAUCCAACCAUAAAGCGCAUGAAAAACGUUGAAGCCUUUAUCAACCGCUAUGCUAAAGUUGCUGAUGAGAUUAGCAGGUUGAGAGUAAAAGUGGAUGAUUUUUUGGUCAUCAAAGUCAUAGGAAGGGGAGCUUUUGGUCAAGUCCAAUUAGUAAGACAUAAAUCAACCAAGAAAGUUUAUGCUAUGAAGCUUCUUAGCAAAUUUGAAAUGAUAAAAAGAUCAGAUUCAGCAUUCUUCUGGGAAGAACGGGACAUUAUGGCGCACGCCAAUUCUGAGUGGAUUGUAAGACUUCACUUUGCCUUCCAAGAUACAAAGUAUCUUUAUAUGGUUAUGGACUACAUGCCAGGCGGUGAUUUGGUCAAUCUCAUGUCGAAUUACGAUGUUCCCGAGAAGUGGGCAAAAUUUUAUUGCGCUGAAGUGGUUCUAGCCUUGGAGGCUAUUCAUAACAUGGGAUUUGUUCAUCGAGACGUUAAGCCAGACAACAUGUUAUUAGAUGCUCUUGGCCACUUGAAGUUAGCCGAUUUUGGCACUUGCAUGAAAAUGGACGAGGAUGGACUCGUUCGAUCAGACACCGCCGUCGGUACACCGGAUUACAUUUCACCCGAAGUUCUUAAGUCACAAGGAGGAGAAGGAUUAUACGGGCGAGAGUGUGAUUGGUGGUCCGUUGGAGUUUUCCUAUAUGAAAUGUUGGUGGGAGAUACACCGUUCUACGCCGAGAGCUUAGUGGGAACCUACGGGAAGAUCAUGGAUCACAAGAAUUCUCUUUCGUUCCCUGAUGAUGUUGAAAUUAGCCCUGCUGCCAAAAGCUUAAUCUGCUCUUUCCUGACUGACAGGACGCAGCGUCUAGGGCGUAGUGGUGUUGAAGAGAUUCGAAAUCAUAAAUUCUUCGUCAAUGAUCAGUGGACUUUCGACACUAUUCGAGACUGUGUCCCACCGGUAGUACCGGAUUUGACUGGUGAUGACGAUACAAGCAAUUUUGACGACGUUGAGAACGACGACGUACCAGAAGAAAAUUUUCCUGUUCCUAAAGCCUUCGCCGGAAAUCAUUUACCCUUUGUUGGGUUCACGUAUUCGAAAGAUUAUCAAUUACUGACUGGAGGUCUAAGACGAGCAAGCACCAACGGUGGAAUAGAUAGAGUAGACGGGGAAGCAGUAGGGAAUGAAACUGGCGCUCAGCGCAAAGUACCUGACUUGGAAGAGAUCGUGAACAAGGAAAAGCGCCACAUAGCUGAGCUAGAGCACAAAUAUACGUUGACGCUACAUCAAUUAGAUUUAGCUACAACCCGUGAGGAGCAAUUGCGAAACGAGGGCUGCGAGUUGGAACGAAAUCUUGCCCUAAUCAAGCACGAACUUAAAGAAGCACAGCGACGGUCGGAAAAUGAUGCGGAAAAUAGAAAAAAGUUGGAGCAGAAUAUCGCUGAGCUCAAGCGUAAAUUGGAUGAAGAACAGAAUCGCCGAACACGUGAUAAUAGCAAUUCACAAGCGGUUGCCGAACGUAUAAGCUCACUCGAAAAACAGUUGAUGGAGGCCAAUGAAAAGUUGAAGCAAGAAGUUGACAGCCACAACAAAACGAAAAAGCAAAAUGCUGAAUUCACUGUACUAGCUUCUGGUCGAGAGCAUACCUUACUAGAAAUGCAGGAUAAAGUGGCUGCAUUACAACGAGCCCGAGAUGCACUAGAAGCUGAGGCAGCCGCCCUUCAGGCUCAAUUAGAUCAGGAGAGAGCGACGAGAGAGCAAGAGGCUGACCGCCAACAAGAAAUGGAAACCAGACGUCAGGCACUGAUAAGCGAGCUGGAGCGAACCAAAGAACGCCAGGCUUGUAACCUUGCCGAGAACAACCGGCUGUCGGAAAGGAUCGUCGAAAUGGAGAAACGUUCUGCAUCUCUCGAACUGGAACUGAAUGCUAUGACGUCCAAAUAUGAGCGAGAAAAACGUGCUCAUCAGGAAACAGAACAGAGUCGUUCCGGCAAUCAAGAAGAGGCUAGUGCGGAAGUGGUCAAAGCGUUGCAGUUGAAAUUGCAAGAGGAAAAAGCAUCCCGGCAAAAGGCGGAGAAUCAAUGGCAAGAACGCGAACGUCAGAUUUCGAUGCUUUCGGUCGACUAUCGGCAAAUUCAGCAGCAGCUCAAUAAACUGGAAGGCGAUCAUCGGCAGGAAGUUGACAAAACCAAAGGACUGAUUCUUCAACUUGAGCGAGAGUCUCAAAAGCGGUCACUUCUACAGAAUGAUCAAAGCGUUCUGUCUGCCGAAAUGGCUGUCCUUCGUAGUCGUGAGCGGCAACUUCAACGCGAGCUGGAAGCAGCUCGUGACGUGGCUCGUAGUCUGGAAGAAGAACUACACAAAUUGCGAACCAUCAAGUCGGUUGACGAUUUACAAAUGCGUGAACUCCAAGAUCAGUUGGAAGCUGAGCAAUACUUUUCUACUUUGUACAAGACGCAAGUAACUGAGUUGCGCGAAGAGGUGGAUGAGAAGACCAAGCAGGUUAGUGAACUAGAGGACGAGCGAGCAAGCAUCACCCACCAGCUCCAGUUAUCUCUUGCCCGGGCGGAUUCCGAAGCUUUAGCAAGAGCUAUCGCAGAAGAGACUGUAGCCGAAAUGGAGAAGGAAAAGACGAUGAAAGAUUUGGAAAUUAAAGAUUUGGUGGCUAGACAUCGAGCAGAGAUCAUCAACAAGGAGGUAGCGCUCAACAGUCUGCGCGAUCGAGAGAAUGAAUUGAAGAAGACUUUCGACUUAGUUACCCAGGAGAACCAAGAGCUGGGCAAUAAAUUGAAAAGUGCCCAGGAAGACUUAGCACAGGCAUCCACGGCUUCCGUGGACGAGGUGGAGCGGUUACGGAAACAGCUCAAGCAGGAACAACUGCUCAAGAUGCAAGCGGUCAACAAACUUGCCGAAAUUAUGAAUCGUAAAAUUCCUGACGGCCGUAAUCCUAAGAAAAAUGCAGGUGGUGGAGCUGAUCUGCGACGCAAAGAGAAGGAAUGUCGUAAACUACAACAGGAGCUCACUCAGGAACGUGAAAAAUAUAAUCAAGUGGUGGCCAAAUCGCAAAAAGAAACGCAGGACUUACAAUCGUCACUUUAUGAAGAGAAUCAACUCCGAAUCAAACUGCAAAUGGAGGUCGACAGCAAGGAUUCCGAAAUUGAACAACUAUCUCAAAAGUUGGCUUCGGCAUCAGCUGAUACCGUAUCAAAUAUUAGUAGCGGAGCAGAGAACGAAUCAGAAGAGGGAGUUCAAGAUUCUUGGUUAGAAGGCUGGCUUUUUAUUCCUUCAAAACAAAAUAUUCGGCGCCAUGGUUGGCGAAAACAAUACGUGGUCGUGUCGUCCAAGAAGAUCUUCUUUUAUAAUUCAGAGAGUGACAAGCAGAACGCCGAUCCCGUUCUCAUCCUAGACUUGAACAAAGUCUUCCACGUCCGUUCUGUUACACAGGGCGAUGUCAUACGCGCUGAUGCCAAAGAGAUUCCCCGUAUUUUGCAGAUUCUCUACGCCGGCGAAGGCGAAUCUCGUAAACCAGACGAGAGCACCCCACCGCCGGAUUUAGUCGGUCGUGAGGAAAAACCUGGAACUGUUAACCACAAAGGCCACGAACUUGUGGCUAUUAGUUUCCACAUGCCAACCACUUGUGAAGUGUGCUCAAAACCUUUGUGGCAUAUGUUCCGACCCCCACCUGCCCUUGAGUGCCGCCGGUGUCGCAUCAAAGUUCACAAAGAACAUUUGGAUAAGCGUGAGGAAAUCAUCGCUCCCUGCAAAGUCCACUACGAUCCUAAUACAGCCAAAGAGAUGCUCUUAUUAGCAGGGACGUUGGAGGAACAACAGCAGUGGAUAUCGCGGCUGUCGAAAAAGAUCCAGAAAUUUGGCUAUAAAGCCAAUUCAGCCGCAAUGGGCGGUGCUGAAGGAGCACGCGUCUCGCCAAGGGAGUCGACGCGAUCAGCUUACCGUCCUUACGUACAGCAAAGGUCGGCUACUUUGCCACCAAACAGCGUUCAAUCAGGAGUGCGCAACAGCAAGUGAAAGCCUUCAAAGGUUGCCAAUAUUUUUUCAUACAUGGUACACCUUUCUACUACAGCAGGUGUUGAAGAAUGAUGUUCAUUAUUGUUCUUUUUUGCGUAAUAACAAGUAUGUAGUUCUAAACUUUCUUUUCUUUCGUUUCUACACAAAUGACUCGUUUAAACGUUGAUUGCACAGGUUGUACCGUCAGUAUCCCUGUGGCGGCAUCUUUACUAUAUAGCAAAACCUUUCUCGAUCCUCUUUAUUUUUUUUUUCCUUGUUGUCCUUUUUUCUGUCUUCGAAUUGUGCCAACUUGCAUCCUCUCCUCUACACUGCCUUACCCUCCUUCAUAUUUUCCCACUUCCCGUUGUAGUGUUUUACAAAAUUCCCAACUCCCAUUUCCUGUUGAAUGAUUAUUUAUUCUAUAUUUCUUUUGUUUCCUUUUUUGGGAGGUUCUUUUUUUUUUCUUGUUCCGCCAAAGGCCCGACACAAGACACAAGUGACCUUCAAUGUUGCUGUCUACCCACCCACCUCUUCACACUAUUUUUGAACCUUGGAACAGUUUUAUGUCUUGGGCAUCCCCAUCUCAACCUAUGGAAAUGCAUGGUGCAUAUGUAAUUACGCAGGAAAAAGGACGUAGAAGAAGAGACAUUUGAAAGAUAGACAGAGAGAGAACGUGACGUAUACACCGGGAACGUUUGCUUCAAAUGGGUUGUUGAACCUCCCUUUGAUACGACAGUUGCGUCAUUUACAUUCCUGAUUUGCCUACGCAUGUAUGUGUAUCUGUGAGGAGCUGGCAUUUUUUUUUUUUUCUUGGUGGGGUCUUUCUGAAAAAAGGAAGGAAAAAAGCACCGAUUUAAAUAAUAUAGUCAUUGGGAUGGAUAACGAAUAACAGAUGAGGGAUCGGCAGUAAGACAAAAUAGAUGCUAACUGUUACAACGACAAGACGAGAAAAUUGCCGAUUUAUAUUGUGCCUUGUAAUUGCGUUUUGAAAUUGUUUUCAACUUUAACUUUUCGUGUUUCUUCCUCCCAAUUAUAGAUUUUUUUUUUGUCCGUGCGUUUGAGGAAAAUCGAGCUUUUGUUUCCAUGCUUAUAAUAAUUGGGCAAUUCAAUCACGUUUAAACCUAGCCGACUGCUGUUGCAUUCGGUUCGGUAUUCCUUGGAGAAAUCAACUAAAAUAUCUGACAGGACAGCCCUCAUUGCCUUUAUUAAGACGCUGGUCGCGCUUUUUUUUAACUAACAUUUUAAAAUCAUUCUACUUGAAUUGGUGGCAAAAAAGAGACUAGAACGGAAACAUGCUUUUUCCUCAAUCCCAAACUUUAAACACUUCUCGAUUCUCUCCCCCAAAGCCAUGAAUUUGUAUCCUCAUCUUCUAUAGGUAUAAAUCUUGAAAACCACCAUUUUCACGUGCAACACUCUUGAAGAUGUGAGUGUACAGGAUGAAUUGCGUAUGCUCUCGUGUGUUUGUGUAAUAUAACUUUUGAUUUCUAAAUUUCGAA